AUGCUCAUCCUCACCAACCAUGAUGUGUCCAAUAUCCUCCUCAACCUUUCGUCGGAGCAAGUUCGCCAGCUGCUGAACUCUCUCGGGAAAACUUUGAGCCUUUAUUCCAAAGAGCAACUGUCAAACGAACCCAAAUGCCUACAUCAACCACACCGGAGCAAUAUUGUGACAAAGCACAAUGAUACGACCUUAGUGAUGCCUUCAUCGGACACCACAAAUACAGGUGUUAAGAUCGUCACACUGCCUCACAAUGGUUCAGCUACGGGUGCCAAUUUGGUUAUAGAACCCACCGGCGCAGUCGUCGGAAUGUUGAAUGCUGCCGAAGUCACUGCAUUCCGGACGGCAUUAACCAUUAUGACCCUCUUUGCACGGGUGACGCACAUCCACAAGAAGAACAUCAUCUGUUUCGGAUCUGGUCGACAGGUCGAGUGGCAUAUCCGCCUCGCACUCCUUCUAGCGCCAACGGAGGUUCAAAACAUCGUGAUCUUGAAUAGAGGCCAGUCUCGAUUGGACCAGCUGGAGAAAGAUGCAAUUGCUUCUCUACGCACCCGCUACCCCCAGGUCGACUUCCGGCUCGUUUCCAGAGAGGCAACUCCCGACUUUGAUGCUUUGGUUCAGCUAAAUCUCAGCUUGGCAGAUGUUGUCUUCUGCUGCACACCGUCCACUGAACCGCUUUUCCCAUUCCGAGACCUAGCUUCCUCACCCAAGCCUAGGUUCAUCUCGGCUAUCGGCUCUUAUAAGCCUCAUAUGCAGGAGAUUGAUACUGAAACAUUGCUUUCCGGUGGGAAAAUCUUUGUUGACUCCAAAGACGCAUGCUUGCAGGAGUCGGGGGAGCUAAUCACUGCAAAUGUGAAGCCCGACCAAUUGGCAGAAAUCGGCGAGUUUCUUGCCUCAGAUGGCAGUCCUGGAAUACCAUCUACCGGAAACAUCGUAUUCAAAUGCGUUGGGAUGGGUAUCAUGGAUCUUGUGAUUAGUAGGGGUCUGCUUGACAUUGCAGACGAGGCGGCCAUUGGACAAACCGUGGCUAGAUUCUGA